AUGACUUCCGGGACCCCAAUUCUAGCGAUCUGCUCGUUGAUCUACUGGCUCACGGGAGGCAGAAUCACUUUUGUGGCCGCUGCCUGGUGUGCUUUGUGGUUUCACAAGGGAAAGUUGCAACCCUUCAGUGCCGCUUCUAGUGCUCCUCCAAUCACCAAACCAGUUAAGUCAUCUCGCAUCAUGGAGGUAGAUUUCACCAACAGUUUCACGCCGGACUCCAAAACGGAGUUUACCAAGGCUGUGCCGUUGAAAAAGAAAACAAGAAGAACCAGAGAAGCCAAAAUUUUCAAGGCUGCGGCUAAACUGGGGAAACCUUCCAAAGGUGUUUCGCACCUUACUACCAACCUGGUGCAGUUGAAGAAAUGCCCGAUAUACAUUUUCUACACAACACUAACGGGCCUGUCGCUUCGAGUGGCUAAAGCACUUCAUCAGAAGAUGGCGAACAUUGACGGGAUCGAGGUUCCUCCAAGGUUGCUUUCUUUGGAUGACGAUGUAGACGACUUGGAGGAGUACUUCCUCAGAACCCCAAAGUCUGAGAACCCUCCAGUGUACCUUUUGGUUCUUCCGUCAUAUGAAACAGACUCUCCCAUAGACUAUUUCCUCGAACACCUCACAGACACCUACCAGGACUUUAGGGUCGACAAAUACCCAUUACGCACGUUAGCUGGUUUUGCGGUUCUUGGCCUCGGUGACUCCGAAUCGUGGCCAGGAUCCCAGUUUUGCUACCAGGCCAAAUCUGCCGACAAGUGGCUUGGAAAGCUUGGUGCUCGUAGACUUUUCCCUGUUGGUGAAGUUUGCAUGAAGCACGAAGGUGAGCCAAAGUCACAGGACUGGAUCAAUGGUUUCCUGGAGCUCAUGGUUGACGAUCAGCCUUUCUUUUUUGAAGAUGAUCCCGCUGCAUUUGAUAGCGACGCGGGAUCCGACGAAGAGGAGGCUCAAGCUGAGGAUGAAAAUGUCGUGGAUGUUGAAGAUAUGGGUGCUAUAAUCAGAGCUUCUAAGAACAAGGAUGCCGCCGUUGCCGAGCCUAAGCAGAUGGUCGCUCAAGACUCUCCAACAUACAAGUCUCUUACAAAGCAAGGCUACACCAUUGUUGGAUCACAUUCAGGUGUAAAGAUCUGCCGGUGGACAAAAAGUGCUAUGCGUGGGCGUGGCUCUUGUUACAAAUUUGCAUUCUACGGUAUCAAGUCACACUUGUGUAUGGAAACCACUCCCUCUUUAGCGUGUUCCAACAAGUGUGUGUUUUGCUGGCGCCACGGUACAAAUCCCGUGGCCAAACUGAACUGGAGAUGGGAAGUGGACCCUCCAGAGAAGGUCCUCGAAGGAGCACUUGAUGGUCAUUACAAGAAAAUUAAGCAAAUGAGAGGUGUUCCGGGCAUCCAAAUUGACAGAUUCCAGGAAGCUUUUAGAGUGAGGCACUGUGCCCUUUCAUUAGUCGGCGAGCCAAUCUUUUAUCCACAUAUCAACGAAUUCGUCGGAAUGCUUCACAGUCGCCACAUUUCUUCGUUCUUGGUCUGUAAUGCCCAGCAUCCUGAACCAUUGGCAAACCUUGCCAAGGUCACUCAAUUGUAUGUGAGUAUUGAUGCACCAACAAAGAAUGAUUUGAAGAAGGUCGACAGACCUCUCAACUCGGAUUUCUGGGAGAGACUUAUGGCAUGCUUGGAUAUUCUCAGAACAACACAGAGUCAUCAGCGUACUGUCUUUAGAUUGACAUUGGUCAAGGGAUUCAAUAUGACUGAGGUAGAGAGCUAUGCUGACAUGGUCGAAAGAGCCAUGCCAUCUCAAAUCGAAGUCAAGGGUGCUACGUUUUGUGGUAGCUCUACCGGCAAUGGUAACCCAUUGACUAUGCAAAAUAUCCCAUUCUUGGAGGAAUGCCGUGACUUUUGUCGUCAGAUCACCGCUGAGUUGCAGAGAAGGGGCCUUCAGUAUGAACUUGCGGCUGAGCACUCCCACUCUUGUUGCAUCUUGAUUGCUCACACAAAGUUCAAAAUUAACAACGUAUGGCACACACAUAUUGACUACCCCAAGUUUUUUGAACUUUUGGAGAGCGGAGCUGACUUCUGCGAUUUGGAUUACAUUCAGAAAACGCCUGACUGGGCUAUUUGGGGCGCCGAAGAAGGAGGCUUUAACCCAGCAGAUACCAGGUAUGACAGGAAGGCAGAGAAACUCAAAAAGAAACAGGCGAGAGAUGAGGCAGCGGCCAAGGCAUUGCAAGCAAAGAAAUCUGAGUCCAUCAAAGCCUCGAGCGAGUUCUCUGAACACACAAGAGAGCUUUUUGUAUCAUAA